AUAAAAGAGAAAGGGGAGAAGAGCAAAGAGAUGAGUGAAGAAGAGGAGACCCCGAGGAAAACCCGGAAAAGGAAAUCUAAGGAAGAAGGAGAACAAAAGCACAACAAAAAGGCUAAAAAGGAGAAAGAGGAAGAAAAGAAAGAAGAGGCAGGAAACAAGUGGAAAUGGUGGGAAGAGGAGAAGAAAGAAGAUGGGGUAAAAUGGACACAGCUGGAACACCGAGGACCCUACUUCGCCCCCCUCUAUGAGCCUCUGCCUGAUGAUGUGCAGUUUUAUUAUGAUGGCAAACCCCUGAAGCUGAGCCUGGCCUCGGAGGAAAUUGCCACGUUCUAUGCCAAAAUGCUUGAUCAUGAAUACACGACCAAGGAGACCUUCCAGAACAACUUCUUCAAUGACUGGAGGAAGGAGAUGACCUCGAAGGAGCAGAACAUAAUCAAAGACCUGGACAAGUGUGACUUCAGGGAGAUCCACAAGUACUUUGUGGACAAAAGUGAGGCACGAAAAGCACUCUCCAAAGAGGAGAAGCAGAAACUCAAAGAAGAGGCGGAUAAGAUCCAAGAGGAGUACGGGUACUGCAUCCUAGAUGGGCACCGGGAGAAGAUAGGCAACUUCAAAACUGAGCCGCCUGGGCUUUUCCGUGGCCGUGGUGACCACCCCAAAAUGGGCAUGCUGAAGAGGAGGAUCAUGCCAGAAGAUGUUACUAUCAACUGCAGCAAGGACUCCAAGAUCCCAGAGCCACCAGAAGGGCACAAGUGGAAGGAGGUGCGUUUUGACAACACAGUUACCUGGCUGGCCUCGUGGACAGAAAACAUCCAGAACACUUUGAAGUACAUCAUGCUGAACCCCAGCUCCAAGCUGAAGGGGGAGAAGGACUGGCAGAAAUAUGAGGUAGCCCGGCGCUUGAAGGAUGUUGUCCACAAAAUCCGUGCUCAAUACCGAGCUGACUGGAAGUCCAAGGAGAUGAAGAAGCGGCAAAGAGCAGUGGCCCUCUAUUUCAUUGAUAAGCUGGCCCUGCGAGCUGGCAAUGAGAAGGAGGAAGGGGAGACUGCGGACACCGUUGGCUGCUGCUCCCUGCGUGUGGAGCACAUCAAACUGCACCCCGAGCUGGAUGGGCAGGAGCAUGUGGUAGAGUUUGACUUCCUUGGGAAAGACUCAAUCCGUUACUACAACAAAGUGUCAGUGGAGAAGCUGGUGUUCAAGAACCUGCAGCUGUUCAUGAAGAACAAGGACCCAGGAGAUGACCUCUUUGACAGGCUCAACACAUCCAUCUUGAACAGGCAUCUCCAGAGUCUGAUGGAUGGUUUGAGUGCCAAAGUGUUCAGGACCUACAAUGCCUCCAUCACCCUGCAGGAGCAGCUCAAAGCACUCACUAACUGUGAGUUACUGACAGUGUUCAUCAUAUUUCUGGCUGCAAUCGAUGCCAAGAAGCAACAGGUGGAGGAAGCCCAGCAAGAGCUGAAAAAAGCUGAAGAGGAGUUUGAAGACACAAAAGAUGCCAAAGCAGAAGCCAAUGUGGAGAAGAAAAAGAAGCUGUUGAAGCGGCUGGAGGAGCAGCUGGCCAAGCUGAAUGUCCAGGCCACAGAUAAGGAGGAGAACAAGCAGAUAGCUCUGGGCACGUCCAAGCUGAAUUACCUGGACCCCAGGAUUAGCAUAGCUUGGUGCAAGAAGUUUGGCGUGCCCAUUGAGAAGAUCUACAACAAGACGCAGAGGGAGAAGUUUGCCUGGGCGAUCGACAUGGCCGACGAGGACUUUGAAUUCUGA